AUGGAGCAUAUUGACUGGAGUAAUCCAGAGUUUUUCUUUAAAGAUGGGAUAACAAGAGACUUCACAACAGUGGAGGAAGAGUUCCAAAAGAUAAGAUCCUGUAAAUUCGAAAAAAGUCAGAGUAUUCUGGUACCUAAAAUUCUUUUGGUGAUAAAGAACUCGAAGGAAUAUAAAGGAAUGCAUGUCAAAGCGGUAGUGGAGGAAUCGAUUUCCGGAAAAACAGCCAUGGCAGAGAUAUAUCCUGAAAGUUUUCUAAUGGUCAAAUGUGAGGAAGACAUUUCCAAUAACGAAUCAUUUUCCGUCCAAGUUGAGGUGUGGAGUUCAGAAGGAAUGAUUUCUGAAAAAAGCUUUAGGAUCUUCAAUCGUGAGGUGUUUUCCAAAGUGUCGGGUUCCCUUAGUAUAACUUUUGAAGGAAGAAAAGAGGAAAUUGAAAUGGAGAUUUAUUCUAUCAAACCAUCUCAUAAUGCAAGUGAAGCCUAUGAAGACAUGAAGAUGAUAGGACAUCGAGGAUGUGGAAUGAAUGGAAUACCCUCAACAACCAUGAUGGAAAAUACAAUUUCCUCGAUCCAAGAGGCAUACAGAAUGGGAGCAAAGUGGGUAGAGAUUGAUGUACAGCUUACAAAAGAAGGAAUACCUAUUGUAUUUCAUGACUUUGUUAUAGAGGCGGGUGGACUUUGUUUAGGGAUAAAUGAGAUAACACUUCAAGAGUUUCUCCGCCUGGUGGGGAAUCCAAACGAAGAAAGACAAGAUCUUCCCUGUACACUUUCAAGACUUUUAGAAUGUGUUAGCGAUAAAAAUGGAAUCAAUAUAGAAAUUAAGUACCCCUUGCCAUCCGAAAAAAGAAAGUAUAACCUAAAGGAUCUAGAUCCUGCAGAAAAGGUUGUUGAAAAAAUAGUGGAAACAAUACAGAAAAGCGGAAAGGAAAAAAUAGUCUUUUCAUCAUUCCAUCCAUAUAUUCUUCUAAUGUUGAAGCUGGUGCUUCCCAACUUUGGGGUUUACAUGAUAACUGAAACAAAAGAUAAGGAGGAAAACCCAUAUACAAAGACCUUGUACGGUGCCCUAUACUUCUGCACAAAACUGGGGCUUGAUGGCAUUGUCUUGGAUUGGAACUGUAUAGCAGAAAACCCAGCAGAUAUUAUCAAGAUUUUCAAGGAAUUUGAUCUCAAGACAAUUGUGUACGGUGAUUCUAUUAAUAAUAGAAAUAUGAUACGCAUAUUGAACGAGUUAGGAGUCUAUGGAAUAAUAGUAGAUGAUCUAAAAUUAAUCUUUUCAGCAGAUAAUAAUGAUCAUUAUUAA